CCCAGAUUUACAGGAUUGAACCCCUGUUGAGGUCCACUGUAGCUGUCAACCUCGGUUUCUUUCCCCGCAUAUCUUUCCUCGCGGCAUGAGAUCAACAAAAAUGAGUUUAGUCCCAAAGAUGUUUGACUGCAAGCUGGUGCUCGUGUAUAGAUUCCGCACAAAGGUUUGUCUUUCGUGAUCUGCUAGAUAUCUAGUACAUAUCUGCAGACUUUGUGUAUCCGCCGUGACAACCACCCCCAUCAAUAACACCACUACCAUGUCCACCCCGGUUCCCUUCUCUGAGCCGCCCUGGCUGUUAGGCUUGCCCAGUCCCAUAUACAAGGACACUCACAGGCGCUGGCAGGCCGCUGUCCAGCCGUUCAUCGAGGAGCACCUCACCAGGCAGGCUAAGGAAUGGGAGCGCGCCGAGACCGUGCCCGAGCACGUCUUCUCCGACUUUGCCAAGGCGAACAUGCUCAUCCCGGCCUUGCCAGCGCCCCUGCCGGUCGACUGGCUCAAGCGUCUAGGCAUCCACGAGCUGCUCGGUGGACUAAAAGUCGAGGACUUUGACUAUCUGCACAGUCUCAUAUUCGCGGACGAGAUGGCACGUAGCGGUCUCGCGGGACCUGGCGGGAGUCUGACGACUGGUUUUGCGUUUGGUAUACCGCCGAUCCUGAAGUUCGGCAGCAAGCAGUUGCAGGAGAAGUUCGUACCGGAACUUCUCAUGGGCGAAAAGAGGAGCUGCAUCGCGAUCACGGAGCCUGAUGCCGGCAGCGAUGUGGCCAACAUCACGACUUCGGCUGUGAAGAGCGAGUGCGGCAAGUUCUAUAUCGUAAAUGGCACGAAGAAGUGGAUCACCAACGGUAUAUGGACAGACUAUUCAAGCAUGGCAGUCCGGACGGGACCAGAGGGCUCCGGCGCAGCUGGCCUCUCUAUGCUGGUAGUUCCUCUCAAGAACACGCCGGGCGUCAACAUGCGUCGUCUCAAGGUCGGCGGACAGAUCUCAGCGGGCACGACUUAUAUCGAGCUCGAUGAUGUCAAAGUUCCUGUAGAGAAUCUCAUCGGACAGGAGGGCAUGGGCAUGCGGUACAUCAUGACCAACUUCAACCACGAGCGGCUCACCAUCGCUGUCGGCGUAACGCGAACGGCGCGUGUCGCGCUGAGUGCAGCGUUCGAGUAUGUGCUGAAGCGCGAGGCGUUCGGCAAGCCCUUGAUGGACCAACCCGUGGUACGGCACAGAUUGGCGAAGGCUGGCGCGCUCUUAGAAAGCCAGGCUGCAUGGGUUGAGCAGUUUGCAUACCAGAUGACGCAAAUGAAAAAGGACGACGCGGAUCGGGAACUUGGUGGGCUGACGGGCCUGCUGAAGGCACAGUCUGGUAUCGUGCUCAAGGAGUGUGCGGAUACUGCUGUGCUGCUCUUCGGUGGAAAUGGUUAUACCCGCAGCGGACAAGGCGAGAUCGCCGAGAUGAUAUGGAGAGAAGUGCCUGGCGCGAGAAUACCGGGUGGUUCGGAGGACGUCAUGUUGGACCUAGCGGUGCGCCAGUUGGUCAAGCUAUACAAUGCUAAGACGAAGGCCUUGGAAGCUGGGUCUAAGCUUUAGGAAUGCUUGCGAAAUUUUUUGAAGAAGGAUUGUGUUUUCAGGGGUGCCAUUCUGUUUGUGUAUAGUACUUGGCAUUACUAUAUCAUCUUCCACCGUGAACAAAGGGGGCGUUCUUCGAAAUUAUUCGUGGUGAUAUUUCAAGGAUUCUUGUUCCUUGAUACGCAUUUCCUUGGCCGCUCUUCUGUUUCGAUUUAUUACGCAACAAAGUUCAACAGAUGCCUCGGUAAUUCACCUGAAGACCCACCUAAGAUAGUUAUCUAUCUAAGCAACCUUCACCAGAAUAGAGGAUAGCUUUAUUUCUCGUCCGUUUCGCAAACACCGUCAAUAUACCAAUU